UUAUUAUCUAUUGAUUGUUAGAUUUUAAUUUAUUUUAUCUAAAAGCUACAAAGGAGAUUGUUAGAUUUCAAUUUUUUCAUACAAAUCGCAAUAGUCAAAGUUUUCAUACAAAUCUACAUUCCAUUUUAAGAAGAUUUUUCAUUUUUUUAGCGUGUUUGUGCAUGAAAAAUGUCGGAUGCUUGGGAUGAAAUCCAAGCGAUAAAAAGUAAACGAAAUAGUUUACGGGAACGUUUGGAGAAACGCAAAAAGGAAAGACAAGACAUAUUGGGAAGCUCAAGUGGUAAUAGUACUGUUUUGCCAACACCAUCACCUUCAGUCACAUCAGCUUCAAAAACUGACACAGAAACAAAGACUCAGCCAAAUGAAAUAUUCACUACUAUUGACAAUGAAUCCGAUCCAGAAAUCGAGCGAUUACUUCUACAAAUUCUGUCGGAUAGCGCUUUAUCAUUACCCAUAAAUUCCAUACAGUUAAUAGAGAAACUAAGUUCCAGCCGUUUUAAACCCGUUUCAAUGAAUACUCUCAGUUAUUUUUUGCAAAAGUUUGCCACCCAAUCUUACAUAAGCAUUAAGAAGACUUUCAUCUUGAAUAAAUGUGGCUAUGAAGUGUAUUUAGUAGAUCAUUCACGUAUUCAGUCACUUUAUGGUGAGUUGCAUGAAGACGCUGAUGCAAAUGAAUUGAUGGAAGGAUGCCUGAAACGUGAAUUUGAUGGUGAGGAUUCCAGUAACAGUAAGUCAUUAAGAAAUAACAUUUACAACAUCGAUAGAAAAAUGACAGGAUGCAAGGAAUUGACAAUCGCAACUGUUGACAAUGAUAUAAUGUCGCUUCUAUCCAUGCCUUCAACGCGAGAGAAGCAAAACAAACAAGUGGGAGAGGAAAUUUUGGAGCUAUUGUCAAAGCCUACAGCUAAAGAACGAUCCUUAGUGGAAAUGUUUAAAUCAGAAGGCGGAGCUCAAGUUAUGGAAUUUUGUCCGCAUGGUACAAGAACAGAAUGUGAGCGACAACAAUCAUCGCCGGAGAAUAAUAAUACUGAAAAUGACAGCGAGGAGGGGAAUUUGGAAUUAGACCACGAAAAAAAGACUUCUGCGAAAAAAUAUGUGAUUGGGACCCCACAAUCUCCAUUAAAUUCACAUGAAGGCCCAAAUUUAAUCACAACCGGAAAUAACAAUACAAUUUCGGAUCAUCGGUGCAACAAAUUACAUUUUAAAAAAAUAAUUCAAUCUCACACCGAUGAAACAUUAGGAGACUGUUCCUUUCUUAAUACAUGUUUUCAUAUGGACACUUGCAAGUAUGUGCAUUAUGAAGUCGAUUCGCAAACCGGCAGUUGCAACAGCAGUAUUUCCAAGUCUGAUGAAAGCGAUAAAUCUGAUCGGUCUCUGGUGUCCAUGCAAAAGAGAACGGUCGACCCAAACACUGCGUUACAUCCGGCCCAGUGGAUUCAAUGCGAUUUACGUUUUCUAGAUAUGACAGUUUUGGGUAAAUUCGCUGUCAUAAUGGCGGACCCUCCAUGGGACAUACACAUGGAACUACCAUAUGGAACUAUGUCAGAUGAUGAGAUGAGACAGUUGGGAGUUCCUGCACUACAAGAUGAUGGUCUAAUCUUUUUAUGGGUAACAGGACGUGCGAUGGAACUUGGCAGAGAAUGCCUCAAGCUAUGGGGCUACGAACGCUUUGAUGAACUCAUUUGGGUUAAAACCAAUCAGUUACAGCGUAUUAUACGGACGGGAAGAACAGGACAUUGGCUAAAUCAUGGAAAAGAGCAUUGUCUUGUUGGAACAAAAGGCAAUCCAAAAAAUUUAAAUCGAGGACUCGACUGCGAUGUUAUUGUGGCUGAAGUGCGUGCUACAAGCCAUAAGCCAGAUGAGAUAUACGGUAUAAUAGAACGACUUAGCCCUGGGACAAGGAAAAUUGAAUUGUUCGGUCGACCUCACAACGUCCAGCCAAACUGGAUAACUCUUGGAAAUCAGUUGGACGGCAUACGUUUGCAGGACCCGGACUUAAUUAAUCGUUUUAAGUUAAAAUAUCCCGAUGGUAACUGCAUGGCACCGACACAAAAACCAACAACGAAUUGAUAAUUGUUACUUUGAGCAAGAAGGAUUUUGAAGACAUACCACGAGACUCACCUAUCACCAUCAAAUAUCGCAUUAUUUUGAUUCAAUUCAAUAAAAAAAAGUUGUUAUGGUUUCAAA